UUGUUCUCGUCGCUUCUUUCCAAGAACCCACGUAGCCAUUGCCGAACCAGCCAGACCCUUCUUCUCUUUUUUUUCUAAAAGUGAAGUUUUUAAACUUAAAACCCGAUUCUCUCUCUUUCUACAAUUCCCUACUUGACAAUGGCAACUGGUAGGACUCAAAGAGACUUAAUAGGUCCUCUCUUAGCAGUAAACUUCAUCGUUUAUCUGAUAAUACUAGGCCUUGCUGGUUGGUCUCUUGAUAAGUACAUCAAUGGUGAACAAAGCCACCCGCAUUUGGGAGGGAAUCCAGCAACAAACUUCAUGUUGGUGUUUGCUUUGUUAGGUGGAGUAAUUGGAGGUAGUUCAGUUGUGGUUGGGCUUUUUCACUUUCGUUCAUGGAGAAGUGACAGUUUGGCCUCUGCUAGUUCUCUGGCAAUUAUUUCUUGCGUUAUUACUGCUCUUGCUUUUGGACUGGCAUGUAAGGAGAUCAUAUUAGGAGGGCAUAGAGGAAAACGCUUGCAAACAUUGGAAGCACUGAUUGUAAUAUCACUGCUCAGUCAGUUCCUGUAUAUAGUGCUUCUUCAUGCCGGGAUAUACAGUCCCCAAUAUGGACCCGGUUACCGCGGCUCUGACGGCUCUGACGGUGACCAUGGCCAGAGCAAUCCCACAGGCAAUGAACAGCAGAAGACUAGCAGUAGUCAUGCUGCCACCUGAUUACAGAACUUCUUGCAAGCAUAUCUCUGUUAUAUAAUGUAAUAUAAAAACAUACGAAUUAUGCACAUUUUGUAUUUCUUGUACAUAAGUUGGUGUGUGUUAAAAGAUUCAUAUAGUCGAUCUCAAAUAGUUUGGGACUAAGGUUCGGUUGUUAUUUGUUGCUAA